AUGGGUGUACUAAAAAAUACCGAGACGGCGGGUAACUCCACCGGUCUUACACAGGCGAAGAGCACUGAGCCGCUGGAUCCUGUGAACAGAGACGAACAUGCCGAAAAAAACUUCAAACUGAGCGGGACUUGUGUAGGUUACCUCGCACUUCUCUGCUUUCUGUUAGCUACGGUUACGCUACUGCAGACCUGCUAUGUGUUACAGAUAACCAUGGUGUUCAAGUCACAGGCGGCCACUAAAGACGCUGGAUUCAAGGAUCUGAUGGUUAAAUAUCAGGUUUUAAACAACUCUUACGCUACUCUCUUCCGCAAGUACCCAGCCCUCAACCAAUACUGCACAGUUACCAACGGCAGCGUGCAUGAAUGCAAGCCCUGUCCAGCGGGGUGGGAACUGUUUGGGGAAAAGUGCUACUUCUUCAGCUCUGACCGGAGAGACUGGCUGUCCAGCUGGUAUCUUUGUCUGUCUCAGGGAGGCCACCUGGCAACUGUGAAAAAUAAGGAAGAACAGAAGUUUCUAUGGGACGAGGCUCAGCGUUUGAGUCAGGGAGAUUCCUAUUGGCUGGGACUGGCCAAUGUGAACCCUGACAAGGUGUGGCGCUGGGUGGAUGACUCUGCCAUGGAGGACAGUAUACAAUUUUGGGAUGAACCGCCCCAGACAGAGGACAGCAGGGAGCUUUGCGCCCGUCUGACUGCGCGGGCUGACCCAAAGACGAGCUGGUAUUUUAUCACCUGUAAGAACGUCCUGAAGAGGAUUUGCGAGAGGCGGCAGGGCAGCCCGCUCCUUUAG